AUGCCUCCGAUCAUCCACUGUGUUCGCCACGCCCAAGGCGUGCACAACCUCACCACCGCCAACCACGUCAUCCCAGACCCGCUCCUCACAGACCUCGGCCAUGAACAAUGCCGCAAGCUGCGCGAGAACUUCCCCCACCACGCCCAGGUUGAGCUGGUGACCGCGUCGCCGCUCCGGCGCACCAUCUACACGGCGCUUGAGAGCUUCGAGCCUGUGUUUGAGGUACACCCGGAUUUGAAGCUGAUCGCCCUGCCCGAUGUGCAGGAGACUUCGGACGUGGCGUGCGAUACGGGGAGUGAGCCUUCGGCUUUGCGACGGGAGUUUGAGGGGCAGCCGGUUGAUUUGGAGCUGGUACAGGAGGGCUGGAAUAACAAUAAAGAUCGCUAUGCACCCACCAACAAGGCUCUUAAACUUCGUGCUCGCGCAGCGCGCCGCUGGCUGAAAGCUCGGCCCGAGAAGGAGAUUGUCGUAGUGACGCACGGCGGCUUCUUGCACUAUUUCACCGAGGACUGGGAAGACAGCAGUCAAUACCAGGGCACCGGCUGGACCAACACCGAAUACCGCACUUUUGAAUUCUCGGACGAGGUCCACAAGGACGAUCUGGAAGGCUUUGAGCUGGACGACGACAAUGCCUCGCUCGUUGAGACCAUCGAGUCACGACACCGCCGCGGCAAGGACGGGCCCACCCCGAACCGCGAGCAGCAGAGAUCGCUGUACAAACUCGGCACCCAGGGCUGGGAUGAUCAGGGCUUGCAGCUCAGCACGGCGGACCGCGAGGCCGCCAAGGUGCCGGCCGGCAAGGAGGUCGAGGGUGUGCGGGUAUGA